UAUCCAAUCCGCGCCGAGUAGGGGCGGGGCUAAGAGGGAGAGUGUGAGUGUCUGUGGGUGUGUGUUGGAGGAGAAGGAGAGAGAAAGUGAGGAGAGAAGUUGUGUUUAGACUCUCCGGAGCGCUUUUAUUUACUUGUUAUCCGCUCUAUAACACAGUUACAGUGCUAUUGUACUGUAUAGUGCUCUAAACCGCAGCGUUCAGUUCAGUUUUACUGCGGAACCUCUGAAGAGGCAGUUCAGCCGGACUGUGGAGUAAAGGCGAUUCUCCGCGGACUGAGAGCUGCUGCUGCUGAGUUUCCUCGCUUGUCUGCAGCAGCUCGGCCGGACCUCGCGUGUGAGUUGAACACGGAGGGUGUUCUGAUCUUCCCGGCGCUCGUGCACUGCGUCGUCUCCCGCUGUGAGUGCUGGGGACUGCUGCGCUCCUACCGGGAGCACCGGGAACCGCGAGUCUGUUGCCAUGGCUACUGAGGACGCCACCUCCGUGAGCUCUAUGUGAACCAAAUGAACAUAUUCUCCUGAAAUUCAUCACCAACAACCAGGAUAGACAAAGAGCAAUGUUAACCUGCUGAAAGAGGUGAAGCAAAAGCCGUCCAGAAGAAUCUUCAGAACACACAGAAACAGUUUGAUACAUUUAACAGACAAAUGAAGACAAGUCCCAACAUGGAGAAACAUCAGCACUCUGCCAAGAGUUUUACUAAACAGAGUAAUCUCAAAAACCACCAGCGCAUUCACACAGGAGAUAAACCGUAUCACUGCUCAGACUGUGGGAAGAGUUUUACUAGACAGAGUAGUCUCAAAGUACACCAGCGCAUUCACACAGGAGAGAAACCGUAUCAAUGCUCAGACUGUGGGAGGAGUUUUACUAAACAGAAUACUCUCAAAAAACACCAGCGCAUUCACACAGGAGAGAAACCGUAUCACUGCUCAGAUUGUGGGAGGAGUUUCACUCAACAGAGUAGUCUCAAAAACCACCAGCGCAUUCACACAGGAGAGAAACCGUAUUACUGCUCAGACUGUGGGAGGAGUUUUAAUAAACAGAGUAAUCUCAAAAAACACCAGCGCAUUCACACAGGAGAGAAACCGUAUUACUGCUCAGACUGUUGGAGGAGUUUUUCUGAACAGGGUAAUCUCAAAAAACACCAGCGCAUUCACACAGGAAAGAAACCGUAUUACUGCUCAGAGUGUGGGAGAAGUUUUACUCAACAGAGUAAUCUCAAAAUACAUCAGCGCAUUCACACAGGAGAGAAACCGUAUUACUGCUCAGACUGUGGGAAAAAUUUUAGUCAAAAGAGUGUUCUUCAAAAUCAUCAGCGCAUUCACACAGGAGAGAAACCGUAUUACUGCUCAGACUGUAGGAAGAGUUUUACUACACAGAGUGAUCUCAAAAAACACCAGCGCAUUCACACAGGAUAGAAAUCUAUCCCAAAUCUGUUUCAAUUAAAAGUGCGAAUCCUAAACCUUUCAGAACACCUUAUCCUACACAAAUGUUUAACUUUAUCCCUUGGGACACGUUCUACCAGAAAACUGAAUUUAACAAUGGGUUUUACAGGUUCUGCAAAAUGAAUCUUAUCCAGGGAUGAUGUUUAUUGAAUUCCAUGUUAUGUUUACUUGUAUGUUAGAUGUUCCAGGACAUUCUUUGUGUGACACAGCUCAGUGCUUAGGGUAGUUACUGUAGGAGUUCAGUUCUGAAGAAGGGAAAAAACUUAGGGUGUACUCACACUAGGCCCGGUUUGGUUGAAUCGUGCCGGAGCACGGUUCGGCCCCCUCCCCACUCCCCCGCAGGCCUGCACUCACACUGCGCUAAACGAUCCGUGCCCGAGCACGCUUUCGUCAACAGGUGACUUUUGUUUUGAAGAACAGUAUGCGCGCGCAAAACAAUGGAGUUCAGGAUUGUACUGUUGUUUUUGUUUCUCUGGAGUCGUUUUGGGCGUGCAAAUACGCAACUGAACCAGAGAUUCAUUGAUUGGGAAACACAACGAUUUACUGCUAAUCGUGCUGCACGUGUAAGAAGGUUUUUACACAAGCAGCAGACGUCCAGGGAGAAAUUUGCAGCUUUACUCGCGGACUGCAAUUCACGUUCAUCAGUAAGGUAAGAGACGUACUUGCUAUAUACAUAAAUAGUGACCAAAGGAGCGAAACAUAAAACUCAAGUAAUAAUAAAAUGUGUUUGUUGUUUAGGACUUGUAGAUAGUAGUCCUAAUUUAUUAUGGGUAACACUAACCAUUAUGGUGCUCUUUAGAACCCUUUUCAAAAAUAUUACAUGCAGAAUUGUGUAUAAAACGUCCUCCGUUUACAGUAGCGUCGCAUCACUGACGUCAUCUUGAUCCGUGCCCGGGCACGGUUUGCGCUCACACUGCAUCUGUACCGUGCCCGGGUCCAAGUGAACCGUGCUCGGGCCCACCUCUCCAAGCGGGCCCGGGCACGGUUCAGCGUACCGUGCCCGGGCACGGUUCGGAGCGAUCACACUAGCCAAACGAACCGUGCUUUGGGAGGUAACCGUGCCCGGGCACGGUUCGGAUUGCCUAGUGUGAGUACACCCUUACUCUGUAAAAUUUAGAUGUCAUAGUUGUUAGGAGUAGAGAAGGAUUAUUAGCUUGCAACUAAAUGUUUAGGACCAAAUCUUCAGAGCUUAUGAUUUGAAUGCUUUUAAUUUAUUUUCAAGUAUAUGCAGAUUUGAUUAUUUCUAUUAAUUUCUAGUAUCUCUGUUUUCACUCUGUGGAAGCCGUCCUCAGUUCCCCAAGCUAAGCAUAGCUUAUCUUAAUGCUAUUUACUGCUAGACCCAUCUGUAUGAAAGAAGAAGUGAAAACACCACCUGAGGAACUCCAGAGAGAGUGCUCUCAAAAGUGAGACCCAGAUCCACAAAGAGACGACACUGUGCUGGGUACUGCUGUGUGGACCGGAGGAGCAUCCAGACCCCGCAGAGAGGCCAACAACAUCCUUUACAGAGGUUAAAUAAAACGCUCAAGCUGUAGUUCCCAUACUGAAAUCAACCCACUCCAGGUUUGUGUAGCGCAGUAAGGUUGCAGGCUCAUUCACUCCCUCUGCUGGUGUUCUCAUUUGUCUAUGGUUCAGUCGUUCUGAUUAAAAAUCUGUUACCAUAGAGGGACAUUUGGUUGUUGUAUUACUCAAGUUUUAUACUCUCUUAUGUUUUCCUUAUUGAAUAUUGUAUGUUGCUGAAGGUUUUUUAAUCUUCAAAUUUAUUAAGAAUAUCCUAAUCAUUUAGUUUCUUAAUUGUUUUUAUCAUCUACAAACUAUUAUCUUGGUAUUGCUUCACCUCUAUAUUUACUUAUCUGUGUGUUUUAAUAAACGUCUUUUAGAUUGCAGAUCUGCAAUCUCAUUGUGUUUUCUCAACAUAUGUUUGACAUGAAACCUAUAGGCCUGAGAUUGUCUUCUGUUAUUACUUGUUAAAUACCCAAAGGCGCCCAGCAAAGAAAUCCAGUGUGAAAUUGGAGUGAAACAUAAAAGUCAACGUAAGAUUGAAAUUCAGAAAUAUAUAUAUUUUUAAUGGUUCAGGCUUAAAAGGGUUAAAUAUACAAUUACUUCCAAAGGUAGAGUAGCAUGUGUUUAACUUGUAUUCA